UUACAUUUUUGCCUCAAUUUAUUCUCAAUUGUGUUCUUUUUUUGAAUUACUAUAUAUCAUAUAUUAUGCACUUUAGAGUUUCUUUGUUUUACAUAUCAUUUUCCUAGAUAUUGUGAACCAAUUCCUGUUCUUGAAUUAGUUUUUUACUUCAAAGUUUACCCAUGUGUUCUUGACCAUUAUUUGUACUUAUUGUGGUUUUUGCACAUUUCCUUGCACACAUAUACUCAAUGUCAUCGGAUUUUGUCAUUCUCUAUGUACUAUUUUUGUAUAUGUGAAUCUAUUGAAGCCUGAGUGUGCUACUCUGUGUUACUGACUUCGUUGUUCUUUUCUACCAUUUUCUUAGCUCUGAAUCAUGUCGUUUCUGUUUUCUUGGUUUGUUUUCCAGAUUCUUGCCUUUGCACCUUGUUUAUCUUCAUAGAUUUAGGCUUGGGAUUUGACUUAGAAAUCAUACAUUUAGGAAAACUGAAACAAAUCCUCCCUUAGAUCUUCAAAACCCUUACCCUAAUGCUCGUCUAGGGUUUUGCCGAGGUCUUCAGAACCAUAUCAACCUCUUUUUUUUUUUUUAAAUCUAGAACCAACUACUUCAAGCCGACAUCAUGGAAACGUUUAGGUGGAGGGUAGACACCCAAACCAAACUAGAAUAUUUCCGCCAGGAGUUUUCUAUCUUAGCCGAUGUUCAACUCAAGUUGGCUGGGAAAGAAGACUCCAUUAUGCCUGGGAAAAAUUACAUGGCAUUUCCCGUAGUCUCUAUUAGUGAGUGUGGAGUUCGGUUCCUUUUAUACAUCCUCUUCAGGGAAGUCUUGUACUUCUAUGAACUCAACCCCAUGCAAUUAGCUAUCAAUUCAUUCAGGGUUAUCGACGGUAUUGCCAAGUUGGCACACCGAGAAAAUGCUAGGAUCACCCUCACCGACAUCCAAUACUGUCACACCAUGUGUAGCCUCAAGUCCUCCAGUGGUUAUACUUACUACCUCAAGCCCAGAUCCACCGCUUUCCAACUUAUAGCCGAUCUCCCAAACUCCAACAAAGGCACGGAAGAUGACUACCUGAUUGUUUUAGGCAAUUGGGAAUUUGCACUUGAUGAUGAUCUUCAUCUUUUUCCUCUACGCCCAGGAGUUUUUGGAGAGGGUGAGAGUAAGAACAUAGUACAAAUGUAAUUAGUUUGUACUUAUGCAUCUAUUUCUUAUAUCUGUUCUAAAGCUUGGUAUUUUUUUCUGUUUCUGUAGUUCUUCCUUAAUCGAGCAAUUCGUUUCUCAAAUCUUACGUACACAGCCGAGAUCUCAAGCGGCUUCUGGACCUUCCAAUUGAGAAACGUAAAGCCCCACUCCUGCUUAACUACGUACCAACCUACUGUAGUCCUUUGCCCGACACUCCUAGAAGAAGCAAGCCAUCAGCAGUCAUUCAACCUGGCACCUCUUCCCUAAAGCCUAACCAAGCCUCCUCAUCUGACCCACUGGACCAGCCAUCCACUUCAGUUCCACUUCAGUUCCACUUCAACUUAUCCAGCCAUCACAGCGCCAACGCCGUCGUCGAGUUCGCAAUGCCCCUGCCAACAAAACACACAGUUGAAGACGCCAAGAUUCAGAGGCAUCGGCUUAUGAUCCCACGAAUCCUCCGACUGCUCUCUCUGCCAUCCACGUCGGCACUAAGGUCAUCGUUGUUGCCACAUCUGAAUAGAUGGUUCGAAGUCAAGUAGUGGUUGAAGAUUUAUUGGCCGACUUUCCAGGAGUUGUUACUGUCCAUUCUUCCCCUUCUUAGCCCCAACCCAAGCCAAAACCCAAACAAGUUAAAAAAGCUAAGACCAAGGCCAUAGUAACUCAAGUCCCCUCAAACUUAGAGGACAUAAUCCUGAUCUCGAAAUUGGUUGAGGCUGAGAAGAGGUAGCCUACCUCUAAGAAGAGGCAUGCCGAGGCUGAGCCCUCUAAUACAUCCCAAUUGAAGAAGCUGUGUCCAAGGAUACAGCUGGCCCAGGUGUUUUUUGAGUCGAUGAGCCCUGGGCCCAUGCAAUCAUGGUUGGGGACUGACCAAUGACAGCUAGCGACAGUGCCAUCAACAGUAUUGAGGUCAGCGUCGCUCUCUCUAUCGUUGUUCUCUUGCCAGCGGACAUAAACCGCAUGGUCGAGAUUAACGAGUAUGAGAACUUCGCGUUAAUGAUGCAGCAUUCCAUCUUGGCCAUCCAGCAUGUUCACUCUUUUGCAGUGAAGGCUGAGUCCAUGAAGAAGGAGUUGGUCAAAAAGACUCAGGAUGCUGCAGGCUUCAUCUCCUCUCUUAAGAAGGCCGAGGCCAAGAUCAAGGGUCUGCUAGAUAAGGCCAAAGCUGCUAGAGCUGCGCAAGGUAAGGUCGAUGAGAGGGCUCAGGCCGCAAAAGCUAUGGCCAAAGUAGUCAAGGAUGAGGCCAAAGAAGCUGAGGUCAAAGGCACAAAAGCCAAGGCAGAGCUCAAGGAGGCUUUGGUGACCAAGGAGGCUGAGCUAAAGGUGGUAGAUGAAAAGGCAUACUCAGAAGGGCAAGCCGACGUCCGUGAUGCAUACAAAAAGCAAGUGAAUCUGGCUUGCAAUAGGGGAUAUUAUCUCAGAUGGAUGGCAACCCUCAAGGAACUUUCCAUCCCCGAAGACUCACCCCGUAGGGACACCAACCGACUUAAUGUAUUGUUUUCCCCCUCUCCUGACCAAUCUGAAGACAAGGUCGAGGAAGAAAAUGACGACGAAGCUAAGGCUAAUGAGGCCGACAAAGAGGCUAAUGUUGUCGCUAGGGCCAAGUCCCCCACUCUGAACGAUCAAGUCCUAGACUUGAUCGAAGAAGAUGAGGACGAGGUCUCAAAAAGCGGUCACAGAACAAGACAAGUAUCUCUGAGGACGAGGUCCCUAUUAUUGAGAGAAGUCUGGACACCACAAUUCAAGAAAUUGAUGCUGAGAUUGUGGUCGAAAAAUCUGCCCAGUUGUCCGUCGAGGUUGAAACAACUCCAACUGCCAAGGCAGGGCAGUCUGAGGAAAGAGCUGAAAAUCUUAGUGCUUAGGAAUUUUUUCUUGUUGAACUCUCUUUUUUUAGUAAUUGUAGUCUUUGCUGUUUUUGUCGGGCCAAAAUGCCACUUUUUUGUAAAUUUGGACAAGUUUCUUCUAUGA